AUGGAGGCGCCAUCCAGCUACGACUUCUGGGAAUCGCACCGCCAAGCUCGUAUGCAGCAGUUUUCGCUCCAUGCUGUAUCAUCCGUCAGCUCUACCGAACGGGAUCAUAUGCGAAAGCAGUUACUAUCAGAUGCGGAGUUUUUGUCAACGAUGGCCCUUGACUUCAACCGCCAUGUCAACAAUCUGAAUGCGAUAUCUCACCUACCUCCUGAGAUACUUUUGCACAUUUUCCGAUCCCUCGCUGAGCAGGAACCCCCGAGCUACACCUCCCAUGUAAAAAAACUAGGCUGGAUUCAUGCGGGACAUGUCUGUCACACGUGGCGCGUAGUCAUACUCAGUGCCAGCGAACUUUGGGCGCGGAGUAUUGGAUCCCUACCAGCUGGAACUGCUGCAUUCAUUGAGCGCGCUAAACAGUAUGGAUUAUGGGACGUGAAGAUGGAUACUUCUUACAAGAACCAUCCACCGCUGCGAGAAGUAGCUCUUCCCCUGGAAAGGCUACAAAGCCUAAGUUGGACGAUACGCACCGAGAAGGACGCCAAUACUACCUUUAACAUGUUCGCUGGCAAAAUAUUUCCCCAACUUCAGGAGCUCGAAACCACCUUCCCCUCUCGUCUGCUGGUCACCUUCUCCGCUUUGACCCCAAUACACGCCCCCAAACUCCGCAUAUGGUCAUCGAGCUCGUCUCACUUGCCCUUACGUGGGCAAUCUUUGACUCAUAUGCACAUGUUCAACGUGUGCUUUAUGGCCGCUGAUCUUCUCGAGACGCUGGCCCACGCUCCACGCUUAAUAGUUCUCGAACUGAAAAGGUUCAAACUUUUUCCUAGUACCAACUCGAACGAGCACCUUUGGACGACCGGGCCGGUCCGGCUACUCUCCCUUCAGAGCUUCAUCGCGGAUACUGAGGAUAUAUCAGGCUCCCGAUUGAAUGCGAAUGUAGUGUCCCACAUGAAGCUCUCUUCUUCCGUCGCUCUUGACAUCGAUGUCUCUGCCCACCACAUGAUGUCCGAAGAGGAUUACGCACUCCUCGUCACCAUCCUACGCGAUACUUGGCCGUCCAGUUGUGCAUUGACUGUACAGAUAUCUGGACGUAAGAUAGAGUGCCGACCCUCAGACGCUGUUGGUUCGGAUAUACAAGCCGGGACGCGCAGUGUCUCGUUCAGAGACCAGGCCACGUUGAUUCGCGCUGCACCACUUAACACUCUUCAUGCUGAGUUCGAGCAAGUCAAUCGUCUGAUCAUCGUGGCAGAUGAGGAUCUAGGCGACGAGGACGAGAUUCGGCUCUGGGCGGAUACAUAUUCGUUGUUCCCGAACGUACGAGAGCUUGAUAUGCGAAGAGGAGAGCUUUCCGACUUGAGUCCAUUGGGCAACUAUACCCACGGGCUUCAGUUGCCUCGACUGGAACGUUUGCGGUUGUCGGGUGCCUUGCUCAAGACCGGUUGGAGCAAGUUCCUCAUCAUUCUUCUACACAAUCGAGCCGCCGCUGGCGGGAGAUGUAAGGAGCUAUGGUUAGAAGGGAUGUUUGAUCCGGGAGAAGGUGGCGAUGAAGACGUACAAGCGCUACGCGCUUUGGUGCCAGAGAUUCAUUGGUCGGAGGGCUAA